AUGAGUAAGAUAUUUUUGAGAGGCGGAGGUUGUGGAGCCUCUAAAAAAAUUUAGAAAAAGCACGAAUAAGAAAUGGAAAGAGGGAAACAAAAAGUUGAUUUGACCCAAAAAGAGAGAAUGGCUAAGCUUAUCCAAUAACAUAGCGAAGUUAUUUUCAAAAACUCACCAAUUGCUAUGAGUGAGAAGAAGAAACUGAUGUCCAGCUUCUAAUUCUUCUUGGAUAACAGGUAAGAAUUGUGGGGAAUCAUAGUGGAUAAGGAGGAAUCAUCCCAAAUUAUUGACAUCAUCUUAACAAAUCUCAAACCACUAUUGGAAUCCUUAAAAAUCCUCAUUAAAGGGUUCGUAGCUUAUUCUGUCUACUUAUCUCAAAUCAUCUAACUGUUAUCUUGGAUUGUCUUUUGUUUCUAUACCAAUGCGCACUCGAAAAAAGAAAAUAAGGACAGAUUUAUGAAUGUCAAAGAUUAAACUGAAUACUUAGAGUUAAUCACCCAAAUAAAGACAGAAAUAGAUAUAGAAAAAAACAUCGAUAAAUACUAGAAUAACUUAGAAUACGAACUUUACAUUAUGGAGUCAAUAUUUACCAUUGUUCCGACUGACAGUGAUGAAGCUUAGGAAAUAGCAGCUUCCUUUCUUAUUGGGGCAGCUACCUCGUUUCUUUCCUUCUCUAUCAAUGAUCAAUUCUUGACUAGUCUAAAGAAGGGUGUUAUCUACAUUUACAACGAGCAUGAUAAAGCCAGCAGAAAGAAAAUUCUUAAGGUCAUUUUUGCUUUAUUAUAACUCAAAUAUGAAAUCAUAAACAAGAUUUAGAAAAGCGAGUUAAAAUAAGACUUCAUUCACUUGGAUCGAUUAAAUACAGUUUAUAAGGAAGUAGUCAGCAAAUCUUCAGACUGGCAAGUCUGGUGCACAUGGACUAAAGUGUUAUCUUAAUUAUUCUAAUAAAAACUGAUACUCCCCCUGGAAAAAAUAUAGAGCCUUAAAAUAUCAGAUUAACAUUAUAUUCAUAAAAAUGAAAAUACAAAAACAUGCUGGUUGAAUAUUGACAGUAGAUUAAUUGAAAGUGAUGCAACUGCAAAAUUAAUAUAUCAAAAUACAGAAGAAUUAUAAGAACUUGGUAGAUUGUAAUAUUCAAUUUUAUACGGAUAUCAAUAAAUGCCAAAUUUUGAAUCAUUAUACUCCUCCAAACUCACAUAAUCGAUAGAAAAAGAGAAUUUUGAUGCAUUUCAAUUCAAUUUAAGUUCAGUGUCAAUUAUGUUGCAUAAUGCUUAGGAAAUCAAAAAAGCCCAGGUCUAAUUGCAAUAGCAUGUUGAAUUAUUGAGUACGACAAACAAAUCUAAGGUUUAAGAUAUUGAAAACCUUCUUGUCAAAGCAAUUAAUAACACAAUCUUAUUGUUGGAGUCCAUUUAUUCAUUGCAUGAAAUUGAAAAUCCAAGAGAUAAUGAAUUAGACUCUCCAAAGUAAUAAUUAGCGCAACAAAGUGUAAUUUUUUUUAGUCAAAAUUUAUAAAAUCCAUCCCCUGGUAAAAAAAAUGACGAUGAUAAUGUAUGGUUAGAUGAAAUUGUCAAAUUGAAAAAAAGUUUAGGCAAAAAAUUUAUCACCUUCUUCUUAAAAAGUUUACUUCUCAAAACUAACAAUUAAUCAAAAGAAAAGGCAUUAAUAGAUGACGAAACAAAAGAAGAAUACAAAAUAGACUUCAUCUUAAAUUAAUCAAAAAAAGAAAAAGAUUAAAUUAUUCAAGAGGAUUUUUAAUAAUAUUAAUUUAAUGUAUUAGAUCUUUUGGAAGAAAUUGAAUUGAGAAGAAUCAAAAAAAAAAAAACUAAGACUCCUAAUUAUUCUCAAAUUAUCGUUAAUUAUAAGUAGGAUCCAUUUUAAAUAGAAACUCUUUAGUUAUUGUAGACGAGACUCAAGUAUAUCAAAAUUAAACCUUCUAAACAUCAAAUGAAGAGCGAGGAAGAAUACAAAUUUGGAUUUAAAGAAGGAAUUAAUUUGUUAUAGGAAGGAUCAGCAUUCCUUCGAUGGAAUCUAAGAUUGCUAGUUAGAAUGAAGUUCUACAUUUAAGAACUAAGUUCAAACUAACAUAAUGACAAGUAAGCAAAUUAACAAACAAAUCAAAUAAUAGACUCCUUAAAAGGAUUUUCAUAAUAAUUAUCUUCAAUAAAAGCUAUUCAAAAAUGCAUUAAGUUUUUUUAUAGCAAAUAUGAGGCUUGUAUAAAGUAUUAACUAAUUGGAAAGGUCUCAUAAAAAAGAAAUGUUAUAUAUUAAGUUUUGAAAACUAUAACUUUAAAAAAGUUUGAAACUCUCAACAUGGUUUAUUAAAUUCACAAGGAAGCAAUAAGAAAAGUAAAAAAUGUAGGAGUAAUUUACAUAUGCUAAUCAAUAUUUUAAGCUAUCUAAAAUGAGCAUGAGACAUUUCUAGAAGAUAUUGUUCAACUUAAAAGGGCUAUUUAAAUGAUCAUCGACAUAUUAAAUGCGAAUGAAAAAAACAACAAAAAAGACUAGGAUGAAUUCAAAAUUUUUUUAAAUAAUGAUAUUUUCAACUAAAAUUAAAUAGAAGAUCCAGAAAAUCAUUCUACAUGGUUGGCAAAUAAGGAUGCCCUUUUUAAAAUAACUUUAUAUUAUUAAAAUUAUUGCCAAUCUAAUAAAAAUUGGUAGAAAAAGAAUAAAAAUUCCUCUUAAGAUGUUACUUAGCAAAUUGAGAAGAAAUAAUAAUCGAUAAAAGAUUACAUUGAAAAGAUUGAACUAGCUUAAGGUUACAAAACGAUUUAGGAGGAAGAUGACACUUUUAAAACAGAAUUAUAUAAAGAAGUAAAAUAGCACCUAAAUUCUUUAUUAGAGUUAACCAUCUAAAAUGAAUAAGACAAUUUAAAUGCUGAAUGGAAUUCUCCUUUAAAAACGAAAGAAUUUUUUAAUUCAUUAUUUAAUAUCAUAAAGGACAUUGAACAUUAGGUUUAAGUCUAAUUCGGUAACCUAAAAUUUAUUAAUCAAUAAUAGGGAGUAUUUUAGACAUUAAUAAAUAAUUCAUUGCUUCUUAGAAAAGCAAUUAGUUUAUAUCAAAACAAAAUAGAACAGAAUGAAAAGAAAAUUUAGGAAUUGGUUGGGAAUUAUGAGGAGAAAUUACCUGAAUAAAUAUUUGAUCUAACAAAUCUAUAGAAAAUAUUUAAUGAAGCAAAAUUACAUCUUAGUCCUAAUCUAAAAUCAGAAAUAUUCUUCAUCUUAACCCAAAUAUGGAAAAAGGAAGAUGUAACAUCAGAUCCAAGUUACUAUGAUUAAUUUAAAGAAGCAGCAAGUGACUUAAUAAACUCAAAUAAAUGGAGAGUUCGAUAAUCAUGCAUAUUUGAAUUGCUCUAGUUUAAGCAGAGUUGUCUGACAUAGGCUACAGUUGAUUUGGCCAGAGGAUUAUUAGUAAAAUGUUAAAUAUAUGAAACUGAUAGAAGAAAUAAACAAUUAUUAGAUGAUGAGGACUAAAAUCAAGUAGUGAACAUGAUCUAGUAAUGUUGGGCCUAAUCAGAAGAGGAUGUCUAAAUAAAAAUUAAAUAAAAGCUAGAGGAAUUGAAUGAUAUCGCCUAUAAAAUAACAAUAGAAACCAAAUAAUACGAGAAAUCUAAAUACAAGAAAAGGUAUGUUGAAUUAGAAAGUGAAAUAUAAGGCAUUGUAAAGAAUGCUGAGAGUCUUGGAAAUUCACUCGGUACGAGUUUACUCUUCUUUUAGGAUAUCAAACAUGAUUUAGUCAACAUUUAAUCUUAGUUGAAGAACUUAUAAGGUUCAAUUGAUUAAAUCCAUAAGGAUAUUCAAUUAUUGUAGGGUAGAAGUAUAAAAGACUUACUCAUAAUUAGAAUGUAAAGAGUGUUGCAAUAGAGGAUUAUUUUGAAUUCUGAAAAUGUGUAUGUGCCAAUCAAAACGAAAGAGAAGCAAGUGUUAGAAAAUCAUGAAGAUGAAGAGACUCCAUUAUAUACUGAUGAUUUAUUUAGCAAUGGAGAGAUAAAUGAAUUUAUUUGGAAGUAAUAGAAAUUGAGUCUAUUGAUUCAUGGAUAAGCUGGUUCAGGAAAGAGUACAGCCGCUAGAAAGAUAGAGGAAUUCUUAUGGUUACUAUUUAAGAAGAAUAUGAACAUAGCAGAGUCUAUCCCUAUUAUUCCUAUAUUUGUAUCUUUGCCUUAAUUGAAGGAUCCAAUAUCUAUGGCUAUGGAAGAAACCCUAAAAUCAGACAAUUACAGAUUCAAUGAGAAAUAGAUCAUCGAAUUUAAAGAAGCUAUUGAAUAGAACUAAUUUAAAAUAGUGAUCAUUAUGGAUAGUUAUGAUGAAAUCAAAUCAGAAUUUACAAAUAGAAAUCUUAUUCUCUCAAAUAAAUUGUAUAAAUGGAGAUGCCAAUCAGAUGAAUUGAGAUUUCCAAAAAUAAUUACAACGUCAAGAUCAGAAAUGUUCACUAAUACUGACUAUAGAUCCUGGUUUUUACCAGAAUCUGAAAAUCUAUAUUUGUAUAAAGAAAUUAGAUUGUUAAAUUUUACUAGCGAAUAAGUGAACUUAUACAUUGAAUACCAUACCAUUUUUUCAGUCAAAAAAAUCAUUAAAGAUUUCUUUUUUAAUAAUAAGGAUAAUUCCGGAUUUUUUGCAUUCGAAGAAUUAUUUAAUGAAAUAAUUAAAGUUAUCAAUGACAAAGAAUAAGAAGAUGAUAAAAAGGAUUAAUAAUUCUUAUUAACUAAAAAUUAGAUUGAACGAAUCUUAUCUCUGUGUGAGAGUUUUGUCAGUGGAGACAUAGCAAUAGCGAUGAAAUAAUCUUUAGAGGAAGUUUGGUGUAAAGAAUAUUAUAUCAAAAAUAUAAAACAAAUGGAUAUAGGUUCCUUGUUAGAAACACCAUUUAUGAUUGAAAUUGUAGCAUCUGUUUUACCUCAAAUGAUUAAGCAUAGAUAAGAAUUAAAUACUUUGAAGGAAUCAUUUAUGAAAAAGCUUUCCUAAUAGGAUGAAGUGUCUAAAGAGUAAUUGUCAAAAGAAUGGUCUAAGAUAAUUAGCAAUGAAAAGUUCUUAGAAGAAUAUCUAAAGGUCUCAAAUGAUACUGAAAGAGAUCUAAUUAUCUCAGAAUUUUUUGGGAAACCUGAUAAUUCUACAAUUGUUCAAGAUGCUCUUAAAUUAGAUCCUCUUUGUUCAUAUGAUUUUUACGAUUAAUUUUUUGCUUAGUAUUUUAAGAGAUAAAUAAAUAAACUUAGAGAAUCUGGGGAAUCCUUAGUUUACAUUUCAAAUUUAUCUGAUCUUUGGGAAUUCACACACAGAUUAGCAAAUGAUAUGACGUUAGAUUCAUUAAGCUAAGUACAAUACAUACCACGCAUAUUCUUAUUCCAAAAAAAUAGAGAUGCUGAUUGGAGAGAUGUUUAUUUCAAUGAUGAAUAAGAAUAAGGUUAAAUUAAAAAGUUAUUUAGAAAGAUAAUGCCAAUAAGAUAAAAAUAUGGAAUAUACUCCUUCAAUCAUAAAUCCUUAUAGGAAUUUUUAGUGGCCAAGUGGUUAAUUCAAUCAUUAGAAUAAUUUAAUUUUAAUUUAUCUGAAGAGUAAAUUGAUGGCUAACUCGAUGAUUUAUGUGUUCAUAACUUAUCUAAGGAUUUCAUGAAUGGCGUUGUAAGGUUUAUGGUUGAUAAAUUAAAUCAAAAUUAGUAUUUGCAAAAGAAAUUAUUUGAAAUUGUCCUUCUAACUAAAAAUAAAUAACCAAAUGAUUAAUAUAAAGAACUAGAUUCAAUUAAGAUAAGUUAGAAUAUCAAACUAAAGAGAGCUUAAACUCAACUUAUGGCCUAGCUAAAGGUUUCGCAAGCCUAAUACUCAGACAAAGAAAAAACUUAAAGGGUCAUCCAAGCAAGUUCUAAUAGUUUAUAUCUUCUUCAUUUAUUAAAGUAUCCAUUUACUGAAGAUCUGAGUUCAAUUAAAAUUAAUGAAACUGAUUUGCUCAACAGUAACUUCUUUGGAGCAAAUUUAUCUUUAUCAGAAUUUAGUAAAGUAAAUAUCUCUUAGAGUAAUUUCAAUUUUGCACAGCUUGAUUCUGUUUAAUGGCAAGACAUCUUAAUUGAUGAACUACCUAGCAUUGAAACUUAGAUUUAGAAUUUAGGUUUGGAUAUUCAUUUUAUUUAUAUAAAAACAGAAGACCUAUUGAUGUUUAAAAAUAAAGAUGUAAUAAAAUGGUUCAAUUAUAAGAAUUAGACAACGGCUAAAGCCAAAAACUGUUCUGAAUUUAUAAAUCUUAAUCUAAAAUAUAUUUUGAUCUCUAAAGAUUAAUCAAAAAUAGCUUUGUUUUAUAAUGAUUCAUUUACUUUGAUUUCUAAGAGCAACUCUAAAAUUAAUUUCCCUGAAGGAUUUUAAUUUGAAAAAGCCUAUUUUACAAUUAAAGAUGAACUAAUUAUUGGAUCAAAAAAUGAAAUAAUAAAAUUAAAAACAGAUGUUUAAGAUUAGGAAAUUGUAAUAACUGAUAAUAAUAAAAUAAAAUUGGAUAAAAUACAAAUUAGUAAUAUGAUUUAAAUUGCAAGCUAUGAUAAUUAUAUUAUUAUUAUAAAAGAUAAGGAAAUGGUCUUCAUUAAAGAGAAGGAAAAUCAAUAUAUCUUCUUUACACUCUUGAUAUAAUGUUCGCAUCCUGAAUGUAGAAAUAAACCAUUUGAUGAAAAUAAGUAAGAAGAGGAGAUUCCAUCACAAUGUACAUAAAUAGAAUAAUUCAUUAGUAUUUAGAUUAGUGAUAAUUAGAAUUUCUUAUUAAUAGGAUUUAAAAUAAACAUUAAUUCUUAAGGGUUUUUAGUAAUUGAAAAAUAAAAUUUAAUAGAGAAACAUUAGAUUGAUAAUUAAGAACCUAACAAAUAAAAAUAAUAUAUUAUUACUUCUAAAUAUAUUCAAUUGGAUUUGAAAUAGGAGAAAAAUUUAAAAUUAUUUUUCGUUGAUGAUGAUAAAUAUAUCUUAUCAUUUUCUGGUAAUAAAACUACCUUUAUGAGAUUAUGGAAUUAUAAGGAGAAAAAGAUACUGUCUUGUACUAUAUUUAACAGUGAAAUUCUUUGUGUAACCAAAAUAACAAACAUAUUAAUAGCUACUUUGAAUAAAGAAUCCAUAAUCUAAAUAUGGGAUCUUUAAGCAUUAAUCUAAUAAUAAAACACAAAUCCAAAACCUACUAUUACAUGUUGCAUUUUUUCAAAUAAUAAUAACAUUAUCUCUGGAAACGAUGAAGGAAUUAUAUAAAUUUGGGAUGGAAAAAGAGGAACCAAAAUUGGAAAAGACUUAUAAUAUCUUAAAGCAUCAGUAACCUCUUUAGUGACAUAUUUUGAUCAAUACGAAAUUUUGAUAUCUGGGGAUGAAAAAGGAAAUAUCGCUUUUUGGAACCUUUUCAAACAUUAAUUCAUACAUUCUAUUUUUAUAAUUAGUCCUAUUAAAUCAUUGAAUAUGAUGGAAUUUAGCAAAGGCAAAUUUUAAUUAAUCACACAUAGUUAACAUUAUCAUUAUCUACAGUUAUGGGCAUAAAAUUAUUAAUCUUAUUAAUUAUUUUGUGAUCAGCAAAGUAAUAUCGAAAUAGAUCAAAUGAAUUUACAAAAAAUAAUUCAAAUGUUAUAGGACAAAUCAAUAAGAAAAUCUGCAAAAAAAUUUUCUACUUCUUAUGUUGGCAAGGAAUGUUCUGCAUUUGCAAUAGGCAAAUACACAAAUUAUUUUUAUUUUGCAGAACCAUAAUUAAAUGGAUAAAAAUAAGUAAUUAAAAUUACAAUUUAUCAUGAAGAGUUUAAAGAACUUAAAGAUUCCGAUACAGUUUAAGGACAACUUAUUACAAAUGGAAAUUUACAAUUAACUUUUGAAAAGGAAGAUAGCUCAGAAGUUGUAUCAAUAAUCAAAGAGCUCAAUUAAUAAAAAUUUUUGGUAGCAACUCAAACCUAUAUAUUUAUCAUAAAAUUUGAAAAAUUCUAUAUUGAAAAUAAAUUUAAUUACAAAGAGGUUGGAAAUAUUCUAGAUGUUUAAAUUGAUGAAGAUUUAUUAUUUUGUUGUGGAAAUAAUGUUGUAAUUACAAAUAUUAGAUCUGGAAAGAAUAUACCUUGUUCAAUAAAAGCAACAAACCAAAAUGAAUAACAAAUAGAAAUGGUAGGAGAAUAAGAUCUAUUUUGUACUCUACUCUAUUAUCGAAAGAAAAAUACUUUAUUUGUAGGCAUGACAAAUGGUAAACUAAUUGAAUAUGAUUUAUUAUAGUGUAAAUCUUAAGUCCAUAAUUGUCAUACAGAAUAAAUAAUAUACUUAUAAAUUCAUUCAAAGUAAACAUAAAAUGGUUUACAGGAUAUCUUAGUAACUGCAGGUUAAGAUUCCUUCAUUAAUUUUUGGCCUGUAACCAUUUAAGACUUAAAAUAAUGGAAGCCUUUUGAUUAAAUAUAACUUCGAUUGGAAGAAUAACAAAUGAAAUAAGCUUUUGGUACUUUGAGUAAGAGAACUACUUUAUUUGUUGUUAAAAAGUGGUUUUUAUCUUGUUGCUUAUUUCUAAGACCUCUUAUGUUAUUACAGAAUUUCUGA